UACAGGAAAUGGAGAAAAAUUUUACCGAAACUAAGGAAAACUGUCAAAAUGCAAGUAAUUUGCAUUUUGAUCCAAAAGGAAGUCAAGUCGAGGCUGAAAGUAUGUCCAAUGAUGAAGCUACAGUAAUGGAGAAAGACUUGAACAUUCCUAAGAACGACCCAAAGAAUACAAGCCCAAAGAAACUAAAAGUUUUGAACGACACUCGAUUGGAACAAAAAUUCAAGUAUACCUUAAAAGAAUCUGCUAAGGAUUUAGCAGAGACAACGAGUGAGAUAGGAAUUGUAAGUACGCCUCCAUUUUCUCAUGAACAUGCUAUAGACAACGAACAAGAGAAAAUUGUAGUCGAUGACGUAACCGAGAAUAAAGAUUUCGAUUCGGAUGCAAUGAAACGAUCUGAACGUCGUGGUCAUCGACGCAAAAAGAAGGAAAAAAAAUCAAAAAAAAAUAAAAAACGUAAACUUGAUGCCGGUGUGGGUGGUGACCAGUUGUUGACUCAAGUGAUAGGAACUGACAACCAGGAUUUGCUGGAAACUAGUCUACCUAAAAAUGGAGUACCUGCUAUUCAAAAAACGUCAACUGAUCUAAAAGAAUCAACUAAUUCAGCAAAGACAGAAAAACCGCGAAAAAAGCGUAAAAAAGAUGAUAAGAAAAUGUUGGAAACUUCAAAAGUUGAAGUAGAAGUCAAGUUCCUGAGAGAGGCAAUGUCUAGUUUAAUUGAAAAUUUCAACAAUUUUCAAGAGUAUGCCACGUCAAAAUUAUCUGCAAUUGAUGAAAAUUGGCGACAGUUAAAAAACACCAAAACAUCUACUCAAACUACUCCACUUAAUCCAAAGGAUAUUAAACGGCCACCUGAAGUCGGUUUCACCCGAGUCGAUGAUAACAUGAUACAUCUGGGACGUGGAGUAUGGUUAUCACGAGCUACCUAUGAUAACGAUAUCUACACUGCUGGAGCAUCACUGGCUAUGUUUGUAAAAAAUAUUGCUGUGUCGGUUUUCGGAACAGAUUACCUUAAAAAACAUAGCGUAAAAGGAAAAGGGUGCAAUAAAACUAAAAGUGUGCCGAGACCGGCUAUAGAUUCUACGAAGGCUCUUGCUAUUCGAGACAUUUACGAAUAUUAUUUAAAAACCGAGAAGAAUAUGAAAGGAUCAGAGUUACAGGACGAAGUGGAUAACUAUGAAGAUUACAUCCGGCAAAAAAUUGCGGAUCUGAUCCGACCAAAAAGAGGGUCUAAAACUGUUGGAAUAAAAAAUGCAGUGAUAAAUGGAAAGGAUUCAAGUAAUGAUUCUCAAAAAAAUGGUCCUAACAUUGAUGGAACUGUCGUGACUGCAGAUACCUCUACUUCACUCAAUUUCCAAAAAAGGGACUCUUCGGCUGAUCGAUCCUCCAAGCUUAAGACAAAAAAUCGAAAUAAAAAGAAAUCGAAGGCGACCUCCUUAUCAGAUCCUAACAUUGAUGGCAAUGCCACAUCUGCAAGUACCUCCACUGCACUCGCUGUGGCAAAAAGUAACUCUUCUGUUCGUCAAUCCACCAAGCUUUUGUUAUGUGAUGCAAACAAAACAAAAUUGCCGCUCAAGGAUGGGAGCUCUUCCUCAAGCAGCUCUUCUGGAUCUGGUGAAGAUUCAGAUUCAUCUGGAGACAGUUCACCAACUUCACCUGGUGGUGACACUGGUGAUGACACCGCAUCAGAUAAAUAA